UGCUGGUGGGAGGGGGAGGACAGGGUUGGCUUAUAUAAGGAAGUGUUGUUGCAGACAGACUUCACUUCUUCAGAUGAGCAGCAGACCAGAUCUUCACUCUAUAAUCCAGCUAUGGCCAGCAAAGAUGACAAACACGAACUGACCAACAAUGAGGAGAUCAGGAUGGUGUUGGUGGGGAAGACCGGAGUUGGAAAGAGUGCCACAGCAAACACUAUUCUUGGAAGAAAGGCCUUUGAAUCUGACAUCUCCUUUGAAUCUGUGACAGUCCACUGUGCUAAGGCCUGUGGUGAGGUGGAUGGACAAAAGGUCGCCAUUAUCGACACUCCAGGUGUGUUCGACACAGGCAUUGAAGAAGCAAAAACCACAAAAGAUAUUGUCCAGUGCAUUUCUUAUGCUUCUCCUGGACCCCACAUCUUCCUGGUCGUCAUCAAACUGGGCAGAUACACAGAGGAAGAGAAGAAGACUGUGCAGAAGAUUAAAGAUCUCUUUGGAGAGGAAGCAGACAAAUACAGCAUGGUUCUCUUUACCCAUGGUGACCUGCUCAAAAGAAAACCGAUUGAGGAGCUCUUGAUGAAAUGCACAGAGCUACAGGAACUUGUGGCCAAAUGUAACGGCCAGUACCACGUCUUUAAUAACGACCUGGAGGAUCGUUCUCAGGUCAGAGAGCUGCUCAACAAGAUCAGAGAUGUAACAGAGAAGAACGGAGGAAGCCAUUACACCACUGAAAUGUUCCAAGCUGCAGAGAAGGUGAUUGAAGAAAGGAAACAACAAAUCCUGAAAGAGAAAGAAGAGGAAAUGCGCAAAGAGCGGGAGGAACUGGAGAAGACAAUGAAGGAAGAGUAUGAGCAACAACUGAGUGAAAUGAAGAAUGACAUGGAAAAGAUGAAGUUAAAGGAAAAAUUGGAAAGAGAAAUGGAGGCAAAAAUGAGAGAAAUGAUAGAAAGUCACGAAAGGAAGGCUCGACAGGAAGCUGAGAGAAGUCCUACACUUUUUGGCCGAAUAGGUAAUGCAAUUGACAAUUUUUUUGGGCUUCUGUUUUGAUUUGAUUUCAUCUGUUAUGAACCCCAUUAGCUGUAGUUAUGCUUCCGGGGUCCACACAAGACACAAUAUUCUGUACAUGAUAAUGCAUGAUCACAACACAAAUCAGGACUCCAGUUAGUAAAACCUGUGAAUAAAGAACUUUGAAAAAGAUAUAAAAAUAAAGAUAUGUCAUUAUAAUGUCACCACAAAAAAAAGAAAACAUCUCACCACAACAACAACAACCUACAAACACAAUACAA